AUAUGCACAUCUACAUACAGAUAAUGUACUUAACUUCUAAAAUAACUGAAAUAUGAAAUAAAAAUUUGUUAAUGUAAAAUUAUUUGUCAAUAAUGGUGAUAUCAUUAGUCAAUAGUGAUACCACAACCAAUGACUAAUAUAUUUUAAAAAUAUUUAAUUUAAUACAAAACAUCUCUAAAAUAUUUAAGAAUCACUAUUUCCAAUAUCAAAAAGAAAAUUAUUCAAAAUUUUAAUAGAUAAUUUAAAAAUAUUACUUAAUUCAUUGCAAUUUUUAUAUUUUCAUAUACAUUCUACAUUCUACAUUCUAAUUUAUAAAAUUAAAAUUGUAAUAUUAAUAGAAAUUAUUCAUCUCAAUUAUCAUAACUAUAAUGAUUCUGCAAUAUAAAAAUAUUAAUGAUAACUAAUUUUAGUUUAAAAUAAAAUGCGACAUUAUUUUAUUAUUUUAAAUUUAGUGACAAUAAUCUUUUUCUAUAAUUUUUUUUAUACAGAUAAAAAAGGGUCAAUAAAAUUUUGGUUAAUCAUAGCAUUUAUUUAGUUAUCUUGUUUCAGAUAGAAUUUAGAUAUAGAAUUCAGUAUAAUUCUAUAGUAAUAUAAUUUUAUUUACAAAGAAUUAAAAUAAGUACUACGCUUUAAUAUUUUGAUAUUUUGAAAAGAAAUUUCAAAUUCCCGCCAUGAACGAAUACUAUAUUCGUCAUGGUUACCGUACUAAACUAGUUAUACAUACAUAUGUAAUAUUCAUAGAGACAUUUCUCUAUUUGUUAGAUUGUGAAUUUAAUAUUCAAAUAUUAUUAUUGUUAAUAUUAUCUGGACUAAUAGAAAUAAAUAAAUGUGAAAUAUAUCUUCAUAUUUUUUUUAUAAAAAAGAAAAACUUUUUCGAAAAGUCAUAUUUUUUGUAAAAUUUGUUAUGAAAUUAAUUUAUAAUUGCACAAAAUUAUAUUUAUGCAGUAAAAUAGAUAAAUGUGUACAAUAUCUAACAUAACGAUAAUAAUAGAACGUUUUUAAUAUUCGAAUUUGAUUAAAUUUUAUAUUUUAAUAGAAAUGAGUGAAGAAGAACUAAAACAACGCUAUCUUUUUUACUUCUAUGACUGAAGAAAUUAUCCGCCAUUAUAGUAUAUGGUGUAUAAGUGUUAUAAUAUGCAUCAGUGAUUACGAAGAAGCAGAAAUACAUAUGUACAUCUAAAAGAUGUGAAGUACGAAUAUAUUUCGUUGUAUAUCGGUUGUGUUAUAUUUUAUAAGUGAAAUGUGCAUUAUUAUUGAAAAGAAUUACACAACCUAAUAUCGAAGUGCUGGAUGAAACUUAAUAUAAUAGAAAUGUAUAUAGACAUUUCAAAUUAAUAAACGGAAGAAUUAGAAAAUUUAUAAUAGUAUAAUUUAUUUUACAUUGGUAAGCGAAACAAAAUUCUAUAAUUAAAUAAUUUCCACAUUUAAGUAAUGGAAUACAUCAAUUUUGUUAUAUUCAAUUAUAAAAUUUUAAUAAUGUUUUUUACUUGUAACUUUUGUUAGUUUUCAUUGUAAAUACUAAUUUUUUAUUAUCUUUUUCUCAGUUGAAAAUGUCAAUAGAAUAUAGUAGAUGUGUUUUAAGAAUGGUGGUUGCUCAAAUUUGUCAAACAAUUGGAUGGCAUUCAAUUAAUUCUACACCAUUAGAAUUUAUGGUUGAUCUUAUGCAAGAAUAUAUUUUGCGAAUUUCAAGACUUACUCAUCAAUAUGCCGAAAUUUGUAAGUAUCCAUAAAGUAUCAUAAAGUAUUAUAAAGCCUUAAUUAAGGGAAAUUUCUAGUUUAGAAAGAUUUUCUUCACGAAACUUAUUGCAAUUAGUUAAAGUUUUUUUCUUUUUUUUUGUUCAAUUUUUAUUGCUGAAUUGACAUGGAAAUGUGCUUAAUAACGAAAAUUUUCUUUUUGUUCAUGUUAAAACUAAUAUCUUUAUUCAGGUAUAUAAAGUAUUCAGUUACCUAUUCGAUAUAACUUUAUCUUAUGUUUUGAAUAAUUUAUGUUUUUGUGAUAAAUAAAAUAAUAAAACAAUGCAACAAUUAAUUAUUUUAUAUGUAAGUACCAACAAGUCAAAAUUAAAAAUGUAUUUGGAGGAUAUUGAAAUAAAUCAUAAUUAUGUCCAUUACAAUGAUGGAAGAGAAAAAAUAUUUAAGAUUGCCAACUUGCCAAAAAAUAUUUAUAUUUGUAUGUAUCAGCAACAUCUGUCAGUUUUGAAAGAGUAUUUUCCAGAACUGGAAAAUUUAUUGUUAAUUCAAAGUGGAUGAACUUACUGUCGAAAAAAGGUAGACUUAUUACCAUAUUUGUACAAAAAUAAAAACAUCUAAUUUAAAAUAAUUAUUUCAUUGUUUCAUUAUUUAUUACUAAAACGUAAAUGAAAUUAUAAAUAUCUAAGUAAUAUGAGUAAAAAUAAUAGAUAUUUAGUCUCAAUUAUUUUAUGGAUCUACGUUCAUAAGUAAUAGCUUUAGUCCAUACUUUUAAUAUUAUCUUUAUACUUUUAUAAUAGAUUUAAUUAAAAAUUUGACCGAUGCACAUUCCUAAUGUGAAAAAAUAUCAUGGCAAAUUUUAAGUGACAAUUUGUUAUUGAUAAUGUUAAAGACUUAAAAAAUUGAUCAUUACAUAUCCAUAAGCAGGAUUUAUUAUAGUAUCAUGAUAUAUCUGAAUUUUUUGACAUUUUAGCCAAUCUUCCUAUGUAAAAUUUUUACAUGAAAUUUUUUUAAAAUGAAUAAUGCAUUCUACAGUGUCUGGAUAUUAGUGAGAAUCACUGUACAUGAUCUUCAAACCACAAAGAAGUAGAAAAUCUAAAAAAAAAAUUAGUCAUUUAAAAGUUCUAGAUUGAAAUCUCCUCUUAGAAUAGUAUUAUUAAUACUAAUAAUUACUAUAAUAUAAUAGUAUAAUUACUAUUAUAGUAAUAUUAUCAUACUAAUGUAUUAAUAAUACUAUUCUAUGUAUUACUAUUCUAAGUAUACUACUAAUAAUAGUAUUAUUAAUACUAAUAAUUACAUAAUAUAUGAAAGUUAUAAUAUAGUUGUUUUAUUUUAUAUAAACUUAAAAUCUAUUUCAUUUCAAAUAUUAAAUUAUAAGCAUUAAAUGUUUUUUUUUCCAGUGGGAAGGACAGAAGCAAAUCUUGAUGAUUUAGGUUUAGCAUUUCAGUAUAUGAAUAUCGAUAUUCAAGAAUUAACAGAAUAUAUAAAAAAUGUAGAUUUUGUUCCAUGCUCUAUAGCAGUACCUAAGUUCCCCAUUCAACGUGAAAAUCAUUUAAAUUUUUUGAAACCUGGAAGUCGGGAAGUUGUAACAAGAUCUGUACAUAUACAUGAACAUUUACCAGCUAUGUUUCCUGAUACUGAAGAUGAAUAUGUAGCAGAGAAAGCAGAAAGUGUAAUAAAUGGAACAUCUGACAUAACAUUGAGUAAUGGAACAUCAAGUAACAGUUCUAUAAAUGUAUCUCCUCAUAGGAUGUCACCACAAGUAGUUUUUAAACGACCUGGAGAUCCUGUUUCAUUUGAAAGCCCUAUAGUAAAGCGUGUAAAAGUAUUAGAAGAAGGUAGACCAUUACGUGAAAUUCAUAGUGUCAUGAUGACUACGUCAGGUUUUUUAUCACCUGCUCGAGAAGGAAAGUUACCUGAAGCACGAACUCCACAUCAAACUCAUUCAGAUUCGCCACAGCCUAGUUCUUAUCCUAUGGUACCUCCUGAAUUAAAGUAUGAUAAAAAACCAAAAAAGAUUAUAAAGAAAGGAUUGGAAGAUUGUAAACUUGAUAAAGAAAAUAAGAAAAAGAAUCGUGCUAAAGAAUUAUUUAAAUCAGAUAAGAUCGAUGAUAAUAAAAUUAAAAAGUUAGUUGGUAUGAAGGAAUUAGCUAAAUUGAAGCCUUUAAAACCAGCUGGUGGCAAAUUACAAAGUACUAUGCCAAGUUCAUCAAGUAGACCAUCUACUCCUAAAUUAAUAUCACCUAAAACAGCUGGUAGUCCAAAAUUACAAAAAACUACACAACCAAAGACAAAACCAGAAAAAUUAGUCGAUGUUAACAGUAAAUCACCAUCUAAUGAAAAAAAAGAAGAUAAUAUUGAUAAACUUCCAUCAGAACCAGACAAACAAAAAUUGAACAUUUUUAAAAAAAUCUCAAAACCACGAGAAGAUAAAGAAAAAGAUAUGUCAGAACAACAUAAAUACAAAGAACUUGAUUCAAGAGAGAGUUCACCUGGUUUAGUGAUUGAUGAAAAUAUUGACAAACAAGCACUUCGUAAUGAUACUGAUGUAAAACGAGAAGAGAAAAAGACCCCACAUACACCAGAUAUUCAUUUUCCAUCAGAUGGAGGAGAAUUAAUUGAUUUGCAGAGUCCAGAAUCAGAUGUUUACAUGUUUGAUGAUAUGUCACCACCAGGAACUCCUAGUACACCAAGAACUCCAGAAUUAAACAUGCCCACAACACCUACAGAUCAUAAAAAGAGAAGGAAAGAAAAAAUUAAUAAAAAGAGGGAAUUAAAAUCAAGGAGUCCAAAAUAUUGCGUUAGUCCGAAAAAGACAAAGAUUAUCAACGAUGGGCCAGAACAGGAUAUACUAGAUCGACCGAAAACUCCACAGGCACCUGAACCUCAAAUUUCUAAAGAACCAAGUUUUCCAUCAACACUACCAUUUCCUUUUUUCCCUCCAUUUCCUCCAGCACCUGGUUUAAUACCUCAUCCUAUGUUUCCUAGAUUUCCAUUACCUUUAGGAAGAGGCAGCAGUGGCUCUCAUCCAGCAAUGCCAAAUUUACCAUUACCACCUCGCUUUUUAAAUGUUCCACCAAAAACUGAAGAUUUUUCUACUUUACAAAAGACCAAGUCCUUUGAUCAGGAGAAACUUCCUUCAGCACCUUCCUGUACUGAAGCAGCACCUCCAAUAGCAAAACAUGAAAAAACGGAGAAAGAAAAAGGAGAUAAAGCAAAGGCGGUUAAACAGGACAAAGAGAUACCUCCAUCAGUUCCUACAAGUACCGUUGCACCGCCUUUAUCAUCUGCACUUGCAGCACCAAUUACGUAUCCUAAAUCAGUACCUAUUGUGCCGUUAUUAUCUUCAAAACCUCCUAAAGUUGAAAAACAGGAUAAAAAUGAUAAGAAAUCAAAGGAACAUAAGAAAGAGAAAAAAGAUAAAUUAAAGAAAAAGAAAGAUAAAAAAGAAAAGCACAAAGAGAAAGGAGAAAAAAUAAAAGAAAAAAAGGAUAAAAUAGAUAAACGGGAGAAGAUAGAUAAAAUUAAAGAAAAAAAAGAAAAAAAAGAUAAGCGAAAAGAAAAAGAGAAAGAAGAUAAAAGUUCAGAAGCUGUACCAAAAAUUACAUUAAAAUUAGGUACAGCUUCUCCGAGGCCACCAACACCAGAUUCUGCUCCAAUGAAGAAAAUGGAAAUGUGUUAUAGAACUAUAAAAACAUUGCUGAAGAAACCUGAGGAUGAGACGAAACGAGAACCAAGUCCUGAAUUGGCGAAAAUAUCAGCAUUAGUAACACGACCGCCAAAGCAAAAGUCGGCAAGUAAGAAAACAGAGGAGGGAACGUUAGAUGGAAGCCCUACUCUUUCUACAGAUACUUUCUCUGCCAAUAUUACUAGUGUGCCAUUCGCAACACUUCCUCGAACAAAGAAAUCUCUCUUCAAAACUUUAUCUCAAAGAGAGACUUCUCAAUCUCAAUUUGAUCCUGCUCCUAAGCUCCCAACUCCUCUGAUGCAACAACAACCACCGUAUUAUUUUGAUCAAAGUGGUCAUCAAGUUUGGAUAUGUCCUGCGUGUGGUAACCAAGAUGAUGGAUCACCUAUGGUUGGUUGUGAUGAUUGCGAUGCAUGGUAUCAUUGUGCCACCAGCUGUCAACGAAGAUUGGUAUUGUCGUUCCUGUAUAGCCAAAAAGCAAGAACUUCAUCAUGAUAAGAAGAAGAAAAAAAGGAAGAAGAAAGUGAAAGUUUCUGCC